AUGAUAUAAAAAUUAAACAAGUGGGAUUGCAUAAUUGACCCAAUUAUCAAAAACAAUUAAUAGAUUGGUGGUUUAUAUCUGGCUGAUAUAGAUUGUGCAUUAAGCCAAGAAUUAUUACAAUAAUUAUAAGUUGGAGCCUUGCUUAGUGUUAUCGAUGAACCUAAAGUAACCACUUCUCCCAACAUAAUCCAUCAAGUAAUUAACAUUCCAGAUUGCACUGAAUAAAACAUUCAAGAAUAUUUCCCAAAAACUAAUGAAUUCAUAGAAAGACACAGAUAACAUACUAAUGUUAUGGUUCAUUGUUUUGCUGGAAUCUCCAGAAGUGCGUCAGUUGUUAUUGCAUACAUCAUGCAAAAGUUCAAUUGGGGUUUUCAAAGAACUCUCAAUUCAGUUAUUGCAAGGAGACCCUAAGUCAAACCAAAUUCAGGUUUCGUCAAAUAACUGAUUUAAUAUGAAACCUAGAAUAGAAAUAGACCAUCCUCAUAAUAACACAGGAUUCUAAACACUAUUAACACUGUUAUUGAUAAAAUACCUUAUUAAUCAGAUAGCAAAAAUAAUAAAUACUUUUAACCAUCAAAAUUAGAUUUAAAUUAAUUGGAAAUGGAAAUUACUAAAAGACAAUAAGAUUUAUAGAUAUUAAGGAUGAAAUAUUAACAAUUAAAUGACAAGAUUGUAAAUAGGAACAAUGUUUAUGUUUCUGCUUUUGAAUGAGAUGAUUUUUCACACUUAUAUAUUAUACCAAUUUGUUAAA